AUGUCCUUGGGAGCGGCUGCCGUGCGGGACCUCGACCUCGUGUUCUGGGGCGCGACUGGUUUCACAGGCCGCCUCAGUGUGGCAGCCAUGGCAGGGCACGCAGCCUCGUUCUAUAGUUGCCAUCUGCCCAACGUCGGAUCGCCACGCGGCGGCGGCAGAGUGCGGUAUGCCCUCGCCGGGCGCAACGAGGAGAAGCUGCGCCGGGUGCACGCCGAGUGUGGCUGCGGACCCGACGUGGACAUUUUCGUUGCUGGCGCCGAAGACGAGGCCGCACUUGCCGCCUUCGUCUCACGCACCAAGGUGGUAGUGGCUCUCGCAGGGCCUUUCAAGUUCCACUCUGACAUCGUCGUGGGCCUGUGUGCCAGGCUCGGGACGCACUAUGUUGACAUCACAGGCGAGGUGGCCUGGGUCCGGUCUGUAAUCGACCGCUACGACGAGGUCGCAAGGUCCACUGGCGCCCUGAUCUGCAACUGCUGUGGAUUCGACAGCGUCCCUUUCGACCUCGGAGCUCAGUUCGCAAUCAAUCGGCUGAGGGCUCGCGGCACGGCGUCGUCGAUACGGCGCGUCUCCGCCUACAGCGUCAUGGGAGGCCCGUCCGGGCCUGGCAUGCUGAUCUCUGGCGGCACCCUGACGUCUGGGGCCUCCAUGCAGCAGGUGCAGCUGACCAAGGGCGUCGACAAGGACGACCCCUUCCUGCUGGGCGGCCUGCCCAAGGGCGGGCCCCGCGAGGAGGACACGGACGCCUCCACCCACGAGGUCCGGAAGCUGGGCGAGGGCCUCUACUGCGGCCCGUCCAUGAUGCACAGCGUGAAUUCGCGCCUGGUGCGCCGCUCCGCCAGGCUGCUCCGGUGGGGGCCCGCCUUCAACUUUGCGGAGGUGAUGCCCGUGCCCAGCGAGAGGGCCGCGGCGAAGCUCGUGAAGCGGGCGCGCGCCCCCGCGCCUCCGGAGGUGGUGGAGCAGCUGAUGGCGGCGGGCCGCCUGCCGAAGCCGGGGGAGGGCCCGCUGCCGGAGGUGCGCAGGGUCACGCGGUUCGCCACGGUUCUCGAUGCACCGCGGACGACGGGAGCAGCCUGGUGGCAACUGUGCGGGGCGGCGAGGCGGG